AGAUUGGGAGGCGCUGCAGCUGCGGUUAAGCCGCCCCUCCGGCGGCGGCGCCACUCAGUGAGAACGGGCGGCGACUGGCGACGGAGGCAGGAAGGAGACGGAGAAGGCGAGCGAGAAGCCGAUCCCGCGGCCACGCACCACAUGAUUUUGCACUCAUGACUAUCAGUGAACAGGAAAUUGAAGAGAGAAACCAUGAAGCUUGUGAAUCACCACUGACAAUGAUAAAACUGAAAGGGCAACAUCCCUAGUAUUGAGGCCUUACUUACAUUGAAUUGGGUCCUUUGGACAGGACACGUUGUUAUUUGCUUGAUACCAAACUCCUUAACAAAAAAAGAAACUGAAAUAACAGGGAAAACAGGGAAAAUACAGCAAACCAUGGGUAAAUCAUUCUCUCAUUUACCUACUUUCUCAAGACAAAACAAGAAAGAAGAUGCAGAAUCUAUUGUGUCAGAGACAGAUAGAAAAUCUAUAGAAAACACAGAUGAAGUACAGGGCAGUAAUGGAGAGGCCAGUUCUCAUGUUCCUUACGUAGAGUUUGUGGGAAGAGAAAACAUCACAUGUCCCACAUGUCAAGGGACUGGAAGAAUACCAAGAGGCCAGGAGAAUGAGUUGGUUGCCCUAAUACCAUACAGUGACCAGAGACUGCAACCACAACGAACGAAGCUGUAUGUGGCAGUUGCUGUGGUGAUCAGCCUUUUGGUCAGUGGGCUUGCGAUCUUCUUCCUUUUCCCACGUUCCAUUGAUGUUGAACAUGUUGGUAUUAAGUCAGCUUAUGUCAUUGAUGACAAAAAGGACUACAGAGUUAUUCUUAAAAUUACGAAUAUAUUAAAUGUAACAAACUACAACUUCUACAGCAUCAGUAUUACUGAUCUCAAUGUACAGAUUGUGUUUUUUAAUGAGGUCCUUGGAACUGUCAACAUCAAAAAUACCACAGUCUUCAGGCCUUUGGGAGGUGGCCAGAUUUUCUAUGCAGUGACUGCUACACUAGAUGAUCUUGGCAUGUACCAUUAUUGCACAAUGCCUGAAAUCAAAGUCCACAAUAUUGUGAUCUCAAUACAAGCAACGGUAACAGCCUGGUAUUUGUCACACUCUGAGCAAGUCUCUGUUGAUGCUUACCAAUACGUUGACUGUGGCUCCAACACCACCCGUCUUCACAGCCCCUAUUACCCUCCCCAGGGCAAACAUUUACAAGAGGUGCUCAGUUAAUGCAAAUGGCGUUACUGCCCUUUCACUGAAGGCUUCCAGCAUGGCAGAACUACAUCCUUCUCUUUGCGUAGAUACUGUGCUUCUGAUCUGAUGAGAAACUCCAUCAACCAGUUCUGUACCCACCUGCUUGAUUAUUUUAUAGUACCCUGUGUAAUAAUGUAACAUUUCUGAGAGGAGUAAAUGAACUAGAAUGUUGAGUGUAUAAUGGUGAUUUGAUAAUCUGACAGUUCUGGUAAAAGCAAAUUCUGCUGAAUUACUGAAGCCGAACAAUAACUUAAAUCUAGCUGGGAAGUAAAUCGAGACAAUUAUCGUCCAAGUUGCUUAAUUUUGGAUAUGAUAUUCAUACUUAUAUUGACCUCCAAAUUUACGUGUGUGGUUCCUUAAUUAAGACCUCUCAUUCUCUGUCUCCCAUCAAAAGUGAUAAGAACAUGUCAAAAGGUUGUUGUGUACAAUGUCUAUGGGCAGCCCUCUGGAUAAUAUUUGGGAGACUCAUUUAUAUUUAUAGAGCAUGAAGGUUGAAACUUCUGAGAAAAGUGUAAAAUUGUCAAAGUAUUUAAAUGAUAGAAAAGCAAGGUGUUCAUUAAUUAAUAUGGAUUGCUUCAGAAUAAUUAAGCAAGCAAUAUUAGAGUAAAUGACACAAAUAUUUUAUUAGAAGAAGGCCACUUCAGCCUAUGAAGUCUAUGCCAGUUCACAGGACAAUCCAUUCACCACUAAUUUUCCCCGCAACCUAUUCUCCCCAUAUUCCCAUCAACUUCCCUCAUAUUCCUGCAUUCAUAUACACAUUUAAAAUUGCUAACUAACCUACCAACCUGCCUGUCUUUGGGAUGUGAGAGGAAACUGGAGUAUCAGAGGGAACCCACAUGGUCACAGCAGAAUAUGCAAACUCCACAUACAACAGCACCGGAGGUCAGAAUUGAACCCAGAUCGUUGGAGUUGUGAGGCAGCAGCUCUGCUAGCUGUGCCACUGGAUUCUAGAAGUUUCUGGUUGCAUUAUUUAGUGCAUUCCAGUGAACUACACUGUUGCAGUUCCAUAACUGCAAUAAAAAAGUAAAGAGAGGUAGUUUAACUGCAAUAAAAAAAUAAAAAGAGGUAGUUUUAAUAUACUUUUAAAAUAUUCAAUUCAAAUCCCUCGUGGUUCAGCAGAUAAUGUUUUGUGGUUUGUAGUUCUGAACCAUAUCAGAGAAGCUGGUUCCAGGUAUAGCACCUGGCUUCUGCUUAUUUAGAUAAUGUUAGUUAAUAAACAAGGAUGAAAAAGAUGGAAAUGUGUGGAAGAGCCAACUGUUCUUUGGUUAGGACAGGAAAUGUACGCCAAGAUUCCUGCUCUGAUUGCCAAGUAACAACCCGUGUCAAAGUGUAUUUGUGUGAAUAUUGCAGAAUGAUAGAAAUUCAUGGCAGCGUGGUAGACCAUUCAGCCUAUCUUGUCUAUGCUGGGUGAUAAAGAGCUCCUUUAUCGCUCCAUUGCCUUAUGUGGUAUUUUUUCAGCACCAUUAGGGUUUUUGCCUUCACCCAAUCAGACGUGAAAAUAUGUCUUCCAUCCACUGCCUUAAAUUUAUGUCCCCUUGUUAUUGAACUCUCUGCUAAAAGAAAUGGGUACUUCACCCUAACCAAACCUCUUGUAAUUUUACACAUCUUAAUUCAAUCAAUAAUCAGCCUCCUCUAUUAUGAAAGAAUCAAUUUCAAUGUAUCCAGUCUUACCUCCUAAACUUAACCAGUAUGGUAUCAUCCUCGCAAAUCUGUCCUAUACCUUGUCCUAUGCUAUUGCAUCCUCCUUGUAAAGUGACCAGACUGAAUGCCGCACUCAAUCUUUGGUUUACCUAGUGUCUUGUACAGUUCCAGCACUGCCUUCCUUCAGACAGUGUUUGACUCUGAUGCUCCCCAUGGUGGAAUAGUCUGUGGGCAAUUAAUGGCAAACUCAUAUUUACAUGAGCAAGAUGCUAGUGGAACUAUAUUAUUGUAUAAAGCAAUCAUUUCAACAGAGGAGAAAAUAUAUUGCUAGUCAUUUUAUGUACCUGACCCCAGGAAGUGUCCCCAGCUAAGAGCACUAAUGGUUUUUGUGUACAGCUAUUCUUGAUGGGGAUUGUAUCAGCCAUAAAAAGCAGAUAGAGCUAUUUCAAAAGUUUUAGAUUAAUAUAUUAAAGGAGAUAAUUCAAGUUUUUGUCAAUUAAAUAAUCUAUCUAAAGUUCUCUUUUUCUUUAUUAAUUAAUGGCAGUGUCAUCCCUAAAUUGGCCCUGAACUGAGGAGGCAGUUAAAAGGCAAUCAUGUUGGUGGGUCUGGAGUCACGUAUAUGCAAACUUAGAAAGGGAAGACAGAUUUUCUCCUCUGAAUGAUGUGUGUGAACCAAAUGGCUUUUUAUGACAGUCCACUAGUUUUAUGGUUAUCACUACAGAAGCUAUCAUUUUGUUUAGUUCCAGAUUUAAAUUUACUGAAAUUUAAAUUCUUGUGUGGUAGAGCAUAAGGUGAUGCAAUAGUGGAGCCUGCUAGAUAUGCAUCUGGCACAUCCUUUUGAGUGUAUGGAAUUCCUAAGUAUCCACAUUCUAUCACAAAUAUGGUCGCCCUCUAAUACAUGUUGAGUGCAGUUGGUCAUUCCAAAUCCUUUUAAUCAAAGAGAAAGAUAUUUUGUAGGAUAUCAUUCUUUCCCCAAGCCAUCCCAUGGAGACCUCAACAAACUGUUUACCGUAUUUAGUUUUGAUUGAUUUAGAAAACUCAGCAUUCCUGUAAGGCCUUUUGUUGCUUCUUGCAUUGGCUUGGUGCUGAAGAAAAACGUUCUUUGAAGCAAACUUGUUUACUUUGGUUGAGAUUUCAUUGGAAAUGUAAAGGUUAGAAAGUGACUAGAUUGGAAAGGAUCUGCUUAUGACAAAUCUUUGCAAGCGAUGCAACAAAUACUUUUACUGAGGAUUCUCUACUUGUAUAGAAUCAUACAGCAUGCCAGAGGCCUUUCGGCCCAACUCGUCCAUGCCCACCAACGUGCCCACAAUUAUAUGACCACAAUUUGUAACUAUACACAAAAUCUUUCAGAUUAUUUCCAAUUGUCACUUUGUUCUCAGUGUCCUAGCCACUAGUUGUCAGUUGCUUCAGGUCGAAUUAUAAUCUUGCCAUUUUCACAGUUAAAUUAGAUUAUGGUUUCUUCAGCCAAACUUUAUGAAAAUCCUUUAUCCAUCGAUCUUCUCCCAGCAUCGGGACACUAGACAUAGCAGUUGUUAUGUUUUUUGGAAUUAAAGUAUAAAAUCAAGUAGUGGAUGAGGCAAUGUAGAGGGAAACAUUUUUUUGUAAGUAGAUUUUUUUGGUCUUCAGUCCCAAUGUAGGCCCUGCAAAAUGAAAAAGUAGACCAUAGAAGUGUCAUUUAAUAUUAUAGUACCCUGCAGCCACUUGUAUAGUGUCAAGGUGAUUAACCGAAAUAAAAUUGUAUUAAAGCUCAUUUGAAAUAAUCUAUUCUGUCCCUUGUAGUAGCCUCCAAAUGUAACUGUCAAGAAUGAAGACAAUUUGUCCACAUUCAGCUAAUAUCAAGUUGUCCCUUAUAUGAUGCCCGUAAUUUUAUAUCCAAUUUCUUUAAUGGACCAAAAAUAUUGGGCACGUCUCAUAUGUCCUGACAACAUAUAGGAACCUUCUGGUACUUGAGGUUCUACCUUGUACAUUUUUAUGAUCAAAUUUGGUUAAUCUCAAAAACACUUGGACAGAGAGGGAGUAAGCUACUGUUUUCGGGUCAAGAGAAUUCAUUUAUAAUUUCACUAAAGGGAUAGGUGAGAGGAAUACUUUAUUUUCACUUUUAUGAUGCUGAUACUAAAAUCUCCCUGUUACUAGGUGUGUUUCGAUGCAUAUCAUGCUCACUCAUCUUGGUAAAAUUAAGUAUGAAGGUGCAAAUGUAUUUGGAGAUUCUUCACUAUUUGAGAGUAUUAUCACUUUUGUUUCUGUCACUAUGGGGUCUUUUAUUGUAUGAUGCAAGGACAUCUUGUUUUGCAGUGAAUGGCUUUUUAAUGAUAUUGAUACCAUCCAUAAUACUUUGAAGGCCGCAAAGUUAAAAUGUUAAAUGUGUCUGCCACAACAUUUUUUCUUUCAUUAUCAUGGAAUAAUUGUCUCUAUCUCUUCAUCUUGUCCCAUGUAUUAAAAAAUAGCUUGUGUGUAGUAAAUGUAUUUAGUACUCAUUGAAAUGACAUUGUGCUGUAACUUAUUGAUCUGUAACUUCCUGUAUGCAUAUUUAACUAUGCCUGACACUACAGAAUUGAGCAGCAGAUCGAAAAGAGUACACCUGAAUGGUGCUAGACAUGCAACAGAACAACAAAUUAUUUAUAUUUGAAUUUUGAGCCCCAGUGAGUCAAUGUAAGUGAUACAAAAAAAGUGAGUAAAUUAUUUAUAGAUAUUCAGUCAGUAGAUUUGUGGCCUUUUUGUGAUACUAACUCUUGCAGAUCAAGAAGGUAACGGACUCUGAUUCUAGUGUGCAUUUGUCUGAAUUUGUGCAGCUGGCUUCAGCAUCCCUGAUCUCAGAAAAUGCUGCCUUUGAACUGCUGUUCCUAAUUAGUCUAUCAACUCCUGCUAGUAACUGCAUGGGUGGGUGUAGAAGGGAUCAAGGUCAGGGUGCUGACCUGCACAGCGGAAUGGCUGAUCCUCAUUAAGUCAAGCAUAGAAAUUAGCCUCUUGAGCAAGAUGCAAAAGCGUUUGUGUACUUCUCCCUUAGUAAGCACCUUUAGGAAAUUUAAGGAGAAAAGGGAAGUGUUUGAGAACUUGUUUGGAUGCUCAUACCAACACUGGUAACUGAAGAACAUUAAACUUGGUAUGUAAAGAAAUUACAUUUUGUCCUAAUGAAUGUUUUGGAGAUCUAAUAAAAUGUUUUGGUGUAACUAUUAUGUUAGUAUUAGACUAUUCCACUCAUUAUUCACAGAAAAACCUGUGGCAAUGUAAUGGCAGAAGGAGUGCAACAUUACUGUGCAUGGAAUUUGAGCUUGCACUGUUUCCCAAAUCAUGACCAUUUACGAAAAUAAAACAAUGUUGAUGAAUUUAAAAUGCAGUUAUCUUAAAAUGCUAUUUCUACAUUUUUUAUAUAUUUUAUUGAAAACGCUAGAUCUGAGGCGGUGAGUUAAGACCAGAAUUUAAGAUCUGAGUUUUGUGAAUUGAAACAUGUUAUGGUUUUUGAUGUCAUUGGAACACCUGGAUUAGAUUAGAGUGUUAUAGUUCCUUCAAAGAUAUUCAUUACCCCAGAUAAUUAAGAAUUUUAGAAAUGCCUUUCAGAGGUGGCCCAAUUAAUCUUGUGCAAUAUGCUGUCACAUUGCAGUCAACAUUUUCAGUUUGUAUAAAUCGUAAAACACAGAAGAUUAUUAAAGUGCCCUGAAUACUGUUGGUAAAGCAUAAUUUGCUUUAAUCAGCUGCUGUCCAUUAUUUCCCCUUCCCAACGUUCAGACUUAGUAGGAAUGGAACCAUCCAGUCAACUAGAUAGCCAAAUCACGGAUUUUUCUUCGUUUUGUGUCUUUGAACUUUGGGAAAGGUGUAAUGCAGUCCUGAGAACAGCCUGUGCUUAAUAUCUUUUCAAUUACUGCCAUGUUCACAAUGAGAAAUACUAGUCCCAAACUGGACUUUGCAUUCAUUAUAAUGCAAAACUUUCUGUGUGGAAUUUAUCUUCUGUUAUUAAUUUACAUUGUUAAAAGAAGUACCACUUUUAAUUGAAGCCAUGACAUCAAUAUAUUAUCGGUCAUACCAGUGAGCAUCUAAGUGUAUGUAAAGCCAGUGCCAUUUUACCAUGGUAACUGUGUUCUUGUGAGAUUAGACACUUAAAAGUAUGAACUGUUCUGAUCUUAAUUGUACUACUGCUGUAAGUAUGACAAACAUGCUAUGUGUUCAAGAUUUUUUUGUCAAAACCCAAUGUGUAUAGCAAAAAGCUAAUGGUUAUUGAAUUUUUGAGGUCUAACUUAACUAUAAAUUAUGUUAUUUUAAAUGAGUUCUGUAGAAAGUCCUGCAUUAUACCUUGUUACUUUAGAAUGGUACCGCCCUUUGUCUUCAAGUGAAUUGUCUUGCAGAUGUAGCUUUGUUGCUAAUUAAAGGAUAAUUGAAGUUUC